ACAUAUACGGCAAUGGCGACAACCGUGUGGCCGAGUAUGUAGAUAGGAAGGCACGGAAGCAAGGACGGAAGGUAUCGCAAAGGGUUCAGUCACAUGACUUCCCGCGCCAUAACCACAGAGCGAGCUGAGCUCCUCGCCCCUCCAUCGUCACGCUCCGUGCAUAAACAUCAGCUUCACGCGCUCUGUGACUCCGACUAUUCUUGUCAGAUCCGUCUAGUAACGUAGCCAGCCAACAUGACAGACGCGCAACAGCUGUUCGACUACGCCCGAAGGCAGUUCAAUGAAAUUGCGGACGAUGUGGAGCGACACUUCGACAUGGUCGCAGGCUCCGUCGGCAGCUUCGUCUACAUUAGGAGCAACAGGCAGAAGCGAAAGCGUAGAGUAACCCGCAGCGCGAGCGGAGCGAGAACAGACGUCGUGGUGGUGGCAGGUGCGGUGGCGAAUCCGUUAGCAAGCUCACUCUAUCUGGACCUUGAGCGACGCGGCUUCGUGGUGUACGUGGUUACCAGCACGCACCAGGACGAGCAGCAUAUCAAAUCACUGUCACGCGUCGACCUUGUACCCCUCCAUAUCGACCUUGUGGAUCCGUUCUCGGCGCGCGACCAGAUGGUGCGGUUCCAGGACCUUCUUGACAGGGAGCAUCAAGCAUUUGAAAGUGCUGAGGCGCAUCGUCUGAGCUUCGCCGGACUUAUCCUUGUACCAGAUACUAAGGCCACGCCGGCCGAGGUCGGGGACAUCAGCUCGGAGGAGUGGAGUGAUGCACUGAACGCGAAGGUCCUUAACACGAUCGCAACUACACAGCUUUUCCUACCAACUGUCGUACAGCAUAAGGCAAAAGUGAUGCUUCUCACGCCCUCUGUCACACCAGCUCUCAGACCGCCCAUGCAUGCAAUCGAAAGCACGGUCUACGGUGCUCUCGAAGGGUUCACUUCCAGUCUAGCAGCAGAGCUGAAACAGGAAGGUGUGAAGCUCUCUCAUUUCAAGCUCGGCAACAUCGACAUCCCGGCUGUGACCUCGAAGCAAAGGCGCGAGGGUGCGUUGCAAUCAAGACUUGGCGCUACACCACUCCGUACGCUUCAAGACUCUGUAUUUGACGCUUUGAUGGCCAAGCGGCCGCGUAGGACGUGGCAUGUUGGCCGCGGCAGCUUGGUCUACGACGUCAUCGGUAGCUGGGCCCCUCCCACCAUCACUGCCUGGAUGAUGGGUGCAGGCCGGCGGAAGGAAGUUGCAACAGAGGUGAAAGACGAAGACAUGCAUGGUAGUCAAGGCAGCCUGACCUGGGAGAAGGUGGAGCAGGAAGUCUCGACAUCGAGUGGACAAGCGACUGACCGCUGAGUCACAGCAGUGCGUACGCAUGGUGCUGGACGGCUAAGAUACCCUACUCCAUAGGCACAUGAGAAAUGAUUCCACUUCCAUCGGUCCGUCUUGAAGCCGCAGGCCAUGCGGGCUCGUUUCCCAGAUUUUAGAUGAGGCCCUUUGAGUACAGACUCGCAUUGACCAUAACAAAGGAUGUUCGAGACAAAGACCAUUCCUCGCUAUAGCGUUUCCUUUGUUUCGUGCACGCGGGACUUCGGA